AUGACGGAGGUACUUAAGAGUGAGAAUAAGUAUUGUAACUGGGACCAGAAGCUAGACAAGUGUUCUCGAGAGCAGCUACGUGCGAUAUUCUGUGCCGUGGAUAGCAAGUUACACGAAGCUGUGGCGAGACAGGAACCUAGUAUGUUUAGGGUUCAUCAUCAAGCCAUGGACACAUCAAUCCCGCAGAGUGUAAUGGAUCAACAUUACAUGCAACAGUAUUUUUCUGAGCAGCCACAGUUUCAAGGCUUCCCUAAUAAUUAUAACAAUAUGUGUUACUCGUUCAUCCCACCUCAUGAUGAUCAGAUUCAAAUGGACCCGAAUCUCACGGAGAACUGGACCAACUUGGGGUUAAAUCAAGGCUUGAUGAUGUCAAAGGGAAACGAUGGUACUCAGUUGAUGCAAAGGCAAGCACAGCCUUAUUACAAUCGUGAACCGGUUGUACCGAGGUCUGCAGCUUAUAAUGUGAACCCGUUUGCGGGAUAUCAAGUCCCGUUCAAUAUUCCUUGGAGGUUAUCGGGAAAUCAAGUUGAAGACUGGGAUCUUUCAGGGAAGAACCCGAUUUGAAUGACGGAGGUUAAUUAGUUUUUAGGGUUUUAUUUAUUAUUCUAUUUCUGCUGGUUUUGUUGUAUAUGAUGGCUUGGUUUUGUCAACUUUGUUUUUGGCAUACCAUCAUCAUUUUUACAUUCUAUAAAGUUUUGGUUUUUAGGUAAUAGGUAGUAUACUUUUCCUUAAACACACUCAAUAGACUAUUAUACCACUUAUUAU